GAGCGGUCAUUUGUACGUAAUGACCGGCUAUGCGCCAUGGCUGAAGCAUAAUAAAGACUACUGUUGCUCACGUAUUUGCUAUGAAACAGUAAACGACAAAGAGGCGUCAAAGCAAAAUUACAAUAGAACGUUCUGUAAUGGCUCCAAGAAGACGCCCAAAGAUGUCGCCUAAGGGUCAGUUGCGUAGGGAUGCGGCUCUUGAUGCUAUGAGGAGUUAUGGGUUUCCUCUGGAACUAAUUAACAUUACAAUCAACGACCUUUUGGAUGUUUAUGGUUUGGAAGGAUGGCCAUUUAUUGAAGAGGCUUCAUAUAAAGUACUGCUUGACAAUAUCCUUGAAAAAAUUGAGAAAGAGGCAAUGGAAAGGAGCGAUUGCAAAGGUGGAAAUGAUGUCCAAGCAUUAGCUGCUGGACCUUCAAACGGUGGUUCUAUACCUGAAUGCUGUUCUGGACCUGAUAUCAGGGAUGAAAAUGCCAUUCAAUUACACUCUAAUGUGGCAAUGGAUACUGCAUCAGUGACUAAUGAAAUUCCACUCGUUGCAUUACAGAUUGAAAAAUCUGAAUCUUAUGCUCUUGUACCAGUUGCUGAAGGAGAAGCAAGUAGCUGGAAGGACAUCAACCUGGACCAAGAUUCAAAGAAGAAACAGUUGGUCAAUGCUGAAGCGACAGAAGAUAGGAAUUUUCAAGCUGUUGAGAAACUUGGCAGCAGCAGCCACUCUGCUCGAUAUGAUAUUGGCUCACGAGCAAGAGUAGAUGCUCUUCCAAGCCGGAGGCGAAGACCUUGUUAUGGAUGGAUUAGCAGCAAUGACGAUGAGGAUCUUAUGGAGCUAACACCAGCACCAUUACCAGAGAAGAUAGCAAAGUUACUCUAUGGGUCCAGGAGUCGCAAGAGGAGGUGGGACAUAAGGCCUGAAGAUAUGUAAAUGUCUCUAGUACUGUGUAAUGAUGCCUUACAGAAAAAGGUCAAGUGUAAAUCUUAAUUAUCUGCAGGCUAGACUUGUUUCCUCCAUCCAUCCAUACAGUCUUUGUAUAUCCAUAGGCUUCUGUAAUUUCUUUCCAGUUUCUCCAAAAUCAAAAUGCAGACGAGAAGGCUGGAGAAUUGAAUUAUGGAAUGGUUUAUUCAUUUUUAGGCAAUAUUUUUGGACUUCAAUGUGGGAGGAGCAAAAUAUACUUUUGUUCUUUCAAAGGGGUUCAUAUAGUGCUAGAUUGAUUUGUUCUGAUGAUAUUUUGUGUUAGUAAUGAGAUGAGUAUAUGGUUUGACAAUUAAA